UAUAAACGAUGCCCUUCCCGCCAUUUGUUCCCUACGCCUUCCCGAUGCGAAGCGUGAAGAGAAAGAAGUGAGACUGUAGAACUGUACUUCAGUGCCAUCAACUCAAUCGCGAUAUCAAUCUUUUCUCUUCGGUAGAAUCGGCGCGUGUAGCUUUCAAGAAAAAUGGAGGAUAGGGUUCCGGCGACAGGGAGGCCGAAGCGUCUAGAAGCGGGUAUUAUUUCAAAAAUCCGACUGGAAAAUUUCAUGUGCCAUAGUAACCUCGAGAUCGAUUUCGGUGAUUCCGUUAAUUUCAUUACUGGUCAGAACGGAAGUGGGAAAAGUGCUAUACUCACAGCAUUAUGUGUGGCAUUUGGGAGCCGCGCUAGAGGCACACAAAGGGCCAAUACACUAAAGGAUUUUAUAAAGACAGGCUGCAGCCAUGCCCUUGUUCACGUUGAAAUAAAAAACCGAGGAGAGGAUGCUUUCAAGGCAGAAACUUAUGGUGACCUCAUAAUUGUAGAGCGCAGGAUCUCAGAGUCUACCGGUUCUAUCGUUCUAAAGAAUUACCAAGGUAAAAAGGUGGCUGCCAAAAGAGAGGAACUCCAAGAACUUAUAGUUCAUUUCAAUAUUGAUGUGGAAAAUCCAUGUGUAAUAAUGAGUCAAGAUAAAAGCAGGGAAUUCUUACAUUCCGGAAAUGCCAAAGACAAGUUCAAGUUCUUUUUCAAGGCAACACUACUUCAGCAAGUGGAAGAUCUUCUGAUUGGUAUUGAGGAUCAAUUGAAAAAUGCAAAUGAACUAGUUGCUGAACUGGAGAAAUCAAUAAGUCCUAUAGUGAAAGAACUUGAUGAGUUGCAAGUAAAGAUUAGAAACAUGGAACAUAUAGAGGAGAUCUCUCAUCAGGUAGACUUGUUGAAGAAGAAAUUGGCAUGGGCAUGGGUAUACAGUGUAGACAAGCAGUUACAAGAUAAAAGUAAACGGAUUGAGGAGUUGAAAGGACGGAUUCCCACAUGUCAAUCUCGAAUAGAUCAGCAUCUUAGGAAGAUGGAGGAAUUGAACGAUCAGUUGACCAAGAAGAAAGCUCAAAUUGCUCAUUUGAUGGAAAAGACAUCUGAGGUGAGGAGGAUGACAGAAGAAUUGAAGCAGAGUCUUUCUUCGGCUACAAAGGAAAAGCUUGAGCUGGAGGAGGAGUGGCAUCGUAGAGGUAAUUACAUCCAAAAGAUGGCAAAACGGGUCAAGAUGCUUGAACAACAAAUACAUGAUGUGGAUGAGCAGAAUAUUAGAAAUACACAGGCCGAAGAACAUGAUAUGGAGGUGAAACUGGAGGAGUUCCAAGCUGAGGUUGAUAAGGCUAAUGCUGUAUUUCAAAGGUUGAAAAAUGAAGAAGUUACCUUAAUUGAGAAAAUCAAUCAGGCGAAGGAUCAGAUAAGCAGUAUUGUUCAUGAGAUUGAAGAGAAUGACAAGAAGGAUCGUGACACACGCUCUCGCAUUCGUGAGUUUCAACUUCAUAAAAGCAACAAGGUUACAGCCUUUGGAGGAGGUAGAGUGAUGGGCCUUCUGGAGGUUAUUGAAAGGCAUCAUAGAAAGUUCAAGAGGGCGCCGAUUGGUCCAAUAGGUGCUCAUAUGACCUUGAUUGAUGGUGACAAAUGGGGUAUUGCUAUUGAAAGUGCCAUUGGCUCGCUGCUUAACGGUUUUAUCGUAACAGAUCAUAAGGAUUCCCUUUUAUUAAGAGCUUGUGCAAGGGAAGCGAAUUAUAAUAACUUACAGAUUAUCAUUUAUGAGUUCUCUAGACCAAGGUUGAACAUUCCCGAUCACAUGCUUCCCCGGACUCAUCAUCCAACUGCAAUUUCGGUUCUACGUUCUGACAAUCCUACCGUACUAAAUGUCUUGAUUGAUGUGGUAAAGUUGCCAUUUCUGUGGGGUAAUGCUGAGAGGCAAGUGCUUGUUAAAGACUAUGAUGCUGGAAAAGCAGUUGCUUUUGAGCAAAGGAUUUCAAAUUUGAAGGAGGUUUACACUUCUGAUGGGUACAAAAUGUUUUCUCGGGGUUCAGUCCAAACUAUUCUUCCACCAAUGAAGAAUGUGAGGAGUGGACGUCUUUCUGGUUCAUAUGACAAUCUAAUUAAAACUCUGGAAAGCGAAGCAUCUGAGGCACAGAUGAAAGCUCGACAAACCAGGGGUAUGAAGAGGAGUAUUGAUGAAGAGCUUCAAGGACUCCAAGAUAAUUUGCAAAGCGCUAAGAAGAGGCGCCAUGAUGCAGAGCGCGUUUUGAGGUCCAAGGAGUUUUGCUUGCAAGAUUUUAAAAAGUCAUAUCUUGCAGAAUCUAGCUCCACCGCUGUAUCAACAGUAGAUGAGCUUCACGUCGAGCUGUCGAAAAUCCGUGAUGAGAUACAUGAAAGAGAAAAUUCAUUGGAAGAGCUUCAAUUGAGGCUGAGUGAAGCCGACACCAAAGCUAAUGAUGUCAAAAUAUCCUUUGAAAAUUUGUGUGAAUCAGCAAAAGUGGAAAUUGGAGCCUUGGAGGAAGCAGAGCGUGAGUUAAUGAUGAUUGAUAAAGAUCUAAAAGACGCAGAAUUGAAGAAGAAUCAUUAUGAAGAUGUAAUGAGUAAGAAGGUUCUUUCCCAACUCAAAGGCGCAGAAGAAGAAUAUCAGGAACUUGAGCACAACCGUAGGGAGAGCUACAAAAAAGCUUCAAUCAUUUGUCCUGAAAGUGAAAUCGAGACUGUAGGAGGCUGUGAUGGAAGCACUCCGGAGCAAUUAAGUGCCCAAUUAACUAGGCUAAGUCAAAGACUUCAGCAAGAGAGUCGGAGACAUCCAGAGUCUAUUGAGGAUCUCCGCAUGUUGUACAACAAAAAAGAACGCAAAAUUUUAAAAAAGCAGCAAAUGUACAAAGCAUUUCGCGAGAAACUAGGUGCAUGCCAUAAAGCCCUCGAGCUACGAUGGAGUAAAUUCCAUAGAAAUGCAACUCUCUUGAAGCGCCAAUUAACAUGGCAAUUUAAUGGCCACUUGGGUAAGAAAGGGAUCAGUGGGCACAUCAAAGUUUGUUAUGAAGAGAAGACCCUUUCGAUAGAGGUAAAAAUGCCCCAAGAUGCAUCAAGCAGCAGUGUUCGCGACACACGAGGACUUUCAGGGGGAGAACGUUCUUUCUCAACUUUGUGCUUUGCACUUGCUCUUCAUGAGAUGACUGAAGCUCCGUUUAGAGCAAUGGAUGAAUUUGAUGUAUUUAUGGAUGCCGUUAGCAGAAAAAUCAGUCUAGAUGCUAUCGUGGAUUUUGCAUUGGCACAAGGAUCACAGUGGAUAUUUAUUACCCCUCAUGACAUCAGUAUGGUGAAGCAGGAUGAGAGGGUAAAGAAGCAGCAAAUGGCGGCUCCUCGUGCGUGAUUGGUUUUGCAUUUUCUUUUUGUGGGAGAUGAUUAUUUUGGGGAUUUCAGGUGGGCAUGAAGAAGAGUUCGCUAGUAAAAGCGGUCUUGUUUUACUAAUCUUUGGCUUAACAUGUCCUAAAUAAUUCACAGUUAAAUACACUUUAUGGAAGUUAACCUACUACCAUUAGAAAUUCUAGUGAAAUGUAAAACUAGAAGGUGAGUUUAUAAAUUUAAUGUGUUCUAUGUUUA